CUUCGUGAGAUAGGAUCGGUGCGCUUCUACAUUUGGCCUGUGCGCUACCUGAGCAGGGACCGCCGAUGGGAAUUGGCGCAUGCGCAACUCUCCCUUGUCGAGGGAGGACCCCAUCGCCGUGGUCCACACCGGAAGCGUAAAUUACGAAUGUCGCGCCACGUCCCAAGCUGGUUCGCAGGAACGCAUCACACGCGCAGCGGCAUUGCGGCACAAGCGAUCAAAGCGUUGCAUGCCCUACGUGCCCCAAUUCGUGAUUGCCGGUCCGUGGGCGGAACCUGUCCGAGGUUCGAAUUGGAGGACCAUCCUCAGGCCUUGGGCAUCUGCUUCAUCGUCGCAGCCAGUCGCCAAUAUAGCUUGCCCGGCAGUGAACAAUCUGAUCGCGUCCGACCGAGCGACCGCGCAGCUAGCAAAGAACAGCACUCACAGACAAAGCAAUGCAGCUGGACGUCUUAAGCGCAUCCACGACCUUAUCAACGUUGACCAGCACUUACUGUUCUCUGAUUGCCAUGGAAGACUCACUCGUCAUUGCAAGCGGAAGGAAUCGGUUUCUAAUCCCACAAUUAGCGAACAGGGAUUCCGAGACGACGGAGAUCGGCGCCAUGAGACACGCUAGAUUUAGCCGCUUUUUCAAAGAACGUGUGUUAUGGUACAUACAAGUCUGAGUGCAGAGCGGUGGUCAGAGCACUGCAGUGUUCCGAUGUGGCUUGGUUCGAGCAUGCUUUGUCCGAAUAGGUGAUAACAGCACAUCAGCGGACACCGGGCAUCGAACAAUG